CUGAUGACAUUUGGUUUGGGUCCUAAUUGUCUCUGGCAUAAACUCAGACAACUACCGGUAUUAUCCCGUUGCCUACGUCACCAGUUUUUACCGAAUGCGAUGGAACAGCGUGGAAUGAAAAUCUUCAAAUCUUUCUAGCGGUGGCUGAAAUUCACAAACAACAGAUGAAGAUGUCUUAUCCCUUGCAAUCACUUGCUCGAUGUGUGCUACUUGUUCUCCUUGUAAGCCACUGCCAAGGAGCCAGGCAGGGCCAGGAUCUCAAAUGUGGAGCAUGUAGGGCCAUGGUGGAUGAGAUGGAGUGGGCGAUAUCCCAGGUGGAUCCUAAGAAAAUGAUCCAGACAGGGUCUUUUAGAAUCAACCCAGAUGGUAGCCAGUCUAUUCGAGAGGUUCCCUUCGCCCGCUCGGAAGGUAACCUCCUAGAGCUGAUGGAGGAGGUGUGUGAGCAGAUGAAGGAUUACGGGGAACGUGUGGACCCCACCACCAGCAGGAAGACCUACGAAAGGGUCACGUCUCGGAAUGGCAAAUCCAUGGACCUCUCAGAGGCUAAACUGGAUUCCAGAGUCACAUCCAGCCUGAAAUAUGCUUGUGAGACCAUCGUUGAACAACAUGAAGAUGAGGUCAUCGAAUUCUUUGCACAUGAAACGGACAACGUCAAAGACAAACUCUGCAGCAAGAGAACAGACCUUUGCGACCAUGCUCUGCAAAUCCCUCAUGAUGAGCUAUAAUUCCGUCGUGCACUGGACGCAGCUCAGCUAUACGCACAUCUAACUUCCACUGCGUUACAAUGGGGACGGGGACUAUCCGGAGUAGCUCCAGCACCAGGUGCUUAGGGAUGAGGGGAGGAGAGGAUUGUACGACCAAUAGAACAAUCUUGUAAUGUGUAUUACUGCAAUGAAGUGCUGUUUGUCUUACACACAGCUGUAGUAACAACAAAUCACGCUGGAUGAUUUCACGAGUUUUAACUCACGCUUACUCUUGAAGCAGAAUGGUGAAUAAAAUUCUCGAACAAUAGUUAGAUACUGUAAUUGUCCAACAGUUGCUGAUCUUGUUAUGCUUGUUGCUUUGAUUCAUUGUAUUCUGUGAAUGGAAAGGUUCGAUUACACUUUCUUAAGCAACUCCAAUUCAUUUUCUAUUUUGUGUAAUCAUCUUGUCACUGUCAUCUGUUUUUCAUACUUUGAUGGAAAUAUAUUUCUACAACAA